AUGUUUCUUCGAGGUGCAUUUGGGAUACCCGUUCCGCAGCUGGCCAUAGCAUUGCUCGCUUUGUUGGUGAAGGCUGAGAAAACAUACGAUCUCGGAGAUGCAGCAAGUUUAACUGUACGACAGAAGAUUGUGAAACUAUUUAAUCAUGAGAUCACCUUCAUUAUGUUUGGGUUGUUGGUCUUAAUAUGUUUCAUUAGUGCUUUCAUUAUAAGCACGGCGACAUACGAUAACACCUCCGCUAUCGCACUGAUAUCGGCGCAUAGUAUUGGCUAUCUGAAGCAACCAUUCACCGCGUGGCACGUCACCUUCAUGAUGCUUGGCGUACUUACUCUUUUGACAUCUAUCGGUCUGCUUGCGACGAGUGUUGAAGAAAUAACACCCUCUGACGCCAGUGGUGCACUAAAAUUUCUUGGAUUCGCUGCUGUCUCCAUGCUCUUCCACAUUGCAUGUCUUGGUUGUGGGUACUGGGCGUCACUCUUCAUCCUCGGUAUAUUGGUUUUCCUCUGCAUGAUAAGCAUAAUCGCUAUAUCGGUACCCAUUUAUAAAUCGGACAAAGGGGACUAUGCCCACGUGGGUGCAGCAAGUACUGAAAAGGCUGCACUCCGAAUAAUGAUCAAUGUGUCUUCUCCCUCACUUAUUGGGUUCCUUCUCUCUUCAUAUUACUUCAUCCUAUUAGAAUUGCCUUACACCAAGUGCGAGAUACUACUCCUUCUCCUAGUUGCUACGGCAAUUUCCUGUUUAAUCACUGUUAUUGCCGAUAAUAUUGGACCCUACGGGGUACAGAGUGAGAAAGUAUACCCACUGAUAACUGUGAAUUUUGUUCUUACGAUAUUAGUACUGUUGCUCCUGUACUACUAUCACCCAUUCCCAAAGUAUUACACGCCCUACGAAAUAGCGUUUGUUUUCCUAGACAUAGUGGUCUUACUAUGCUUCGUCCUAAUUAUAGUAUUCGCAAGCGGCGAUACGUUGGAGUAUAACAACGACCACUGCAUUCUUGCUUCUGUAUUUUUCAUCCUACUUCUCAUCCCCUUCUUUUACUGCGCAUAUCGCAUACGUAUUCACGACUUUGUAAUCGCAUUCUUCAAAGGUAGCCACGCGGUUGACAAGGUCAACUCCAAUAAUUUGGUUGGUGAUGUCAGUGGAUCAGCCCAAAAGGUUUUCAAAACAGUUAGUUGA